CAAAAGUAUCACCCGGAGGAAAUACGCGUAGCACUCUGAGCAAAACUACAAAUCCCACAACAUUUAAGGGACAUUUCAGUUUUGGGGAGCACAGGAGCAGUAUGGCUGGAAGAAUUGCCUCGUUCCUGAAAAAUGCUUGGGCCAAAGAGCCGGUGAUAACGGUGUCAUUUGCCAUUGGAGGACUCGCUGUCAUCUUCCCACUAAUCAGCCCAUACACCAAAUAUUCUAAAAUGAUCAACGAUGUGAUGCCAUAUAACUAUCCAGUUCCAGUACGAGAUGAUGGAAACAUGCCAGAUAUUCCAAGCCAUCCUGCUGACCCCGUGGGACCCAAUUUAGAAUGGUUUAAGAAGAUGUGAAUAUCUACUGCUAAUAACAUUGCUUCCUUUAUGAAUAAAAGUGUUUAUUUAAUUAGA